AAAUUGCAUCUCAUCAAACUUCACCACACUAUUCAUUCCAUUUCAUCGUGUAUUGCUGUGAGCAGAGAGAGUAAGGUUUUUGAGAUCAACAAUGGCGGCGAGAAGAACCGGUUUGCCUCUGAUGCAAUACCUAAGAGUGCAAGUUGAUACUCUUCCCCUCAACAACCAAUCUCCUUUCCGUCUUCUUCCUAAUUUCUUCCUUCGUCGCUUCAGCGAAGAGGUUAGGGGUUCGUUUCUCGAUAAAUCUGAGGUCACAGAUCGCGUCGUUUCAUGCGUUAAAAACUUCCAGAAAGUAGAUCCUUCUAAGGUUACUCCAACUGCUCAUUUCCAGAAUGACCUUGGAUUGGAUAGUUUAGAUGCUGUAGAGAUUGUGAUGGCUCUUGAGGAAGAGUUUGGAUUUGAGAUUCCUGAUAAUGAAGCAGACAAGAUUAACUCCAUUAACCUUGCCGUUGACUUCAUUGCAUCUCAUCCUCAGGCAAAGUAGUGGGAAUCCAUGAGUCUAGCUGUAAAAUUUUUCUUUUCCUUAUCAUAAAGUAGUGUAGGAUUGUCCAACUUUAAGACAUUUUUUGCCUCACUUGUUUGAUUCUAAAAUCGAACUUUAUUUUCUCGCCCCUCUAAAUCCCAGAAGUGUGUUUGGCUGGGGAUGUGCCAGCUUGAGUUGUAUUUUGCUUUUGGUAAUAUUGGCAUUGCUUAACUUUGCAUUGUAUGCUCCCAUUUUUCAUGUCAAUAAAAAUUGUGCUAGAUUUAUGAUUA